AAAUAUGGCAGAGCUUUCUGAGCCAGAAGGACCAGUAGAUUGGAAAGAAAGAUGUGUAGCUCUGGAGUCCCAGCUCAUGAAAUUUAGAGUUCAAGCAAGCAAGAUACGAGAGCUCUUAGCGGAGAAGAUGCAACAGCUUGAGAGACAAGUUAUUGAUGCUGAACGUCAAGCAGAAAAAGCUUUUCAACAGGUACAAGUUAUGGAAGAAAAAUUAAAAGCAGCCAAUAUUCAAACCAGUGAGUCAGAGACAAGGUUAUACAAAAAGUGUCAAGAUCUGGAAUCUCUAAUACAAGAAAAAGAUGACAUCAUUCAAAACUUGGAGCUGCAGCUUGAAGAGCAGAAACAAAUAAGGAUACAAGAAGCUAAAAUAAUAGAAGAGAAAGCAGCUAAGAUCAAAGAAUGGGUAACAGUUAAGUUAAACGAGCUGGAAUUGGAGAAUCAGAAUCUUCGUUUGAUCAACCAAAACCAAAUUGAAGAGAUAAGAACAAUACAGUCAAAACUACAAGAAGUUCAAGGAAAGAAGACAUCCAUUGUCUCUACACUAAAGCUUUCAGAGGGCCAGCGCCUGAGCAGUUUAACCUUUGGAUGUUUUUUAUCUCGAGCAAAGAGUCCUCCGCAGGUUGUGAAAGCUGAGGAAAUGAGCAAGAUUUCAACUAAAAAAGCUGAGUUCACUGAAGGAAAAGACAUAGACGAAAUGGAAAUUCCAGAAAAGUCUGUUGAUAACCAAGUUCUAGAAAACAACAGAGGCCAGAGAACAUUGCAUCAAACUCCCUGUGGCUCAGAACAGAAUCGGAAAACAAGAACAAGCUUUGGAACAGAUGGUGGCAUAUCCCAGAAUUCUGGGGCUCCAGUGAGUGACUGGAGUUCUGAUGAGGAAGAUGGGAGCAAAGGAAGACCCAAGUCCAGGUGCACGUCUACCCUUUCCAGCCACACAUCAGAGGAAGGAGUCCAGUGCAGCAGGAUGGGGAGCGAGACGUAUCUGACUGCAUCUGAUGACAGCAGUUCCAUAUUCGAAGAAGAGACAUUUAGCAUAAAGAGACCAGAACACAAGAAACUAUAUUCUUGGCAACAGGAGGCACAAUGGAAAGCUCAGAACAGUUCUCUUGGAAAGGGAAAUUCUGAAUCAAGUAAAAAGGAGCAAGAUAGUUUCUCCGAUGAACUGAAUAAAAAAUUUCAGUCUCAGAGACUGGAUUAUUCAUCUUCGUCAAGUGAGGCCAACACCCCCAGCCCUAUUUUGACCCCAGCUUUAACUCCAAAACAUCCUAACUCACUCCCUGGAAAAGGAACACAAUUAGUGCCUUCAUCGAACUUGCCGCCCCCAAAGUUAAGGAUUCCUAAUGUUUUCAGUAUAAGUGUAGCACUAGCCAAAAGGCACCUAAGCCAGCCACAGUUAAGUUCCGACAGGAUGUUUGGUACAAACAGAAAUGCGAUAAGCAUGAUACGACCGCUGAGACCUCAGGAAACCGACCUUGAUCUAGUGGAUGGUGACAGUACAGAAAUUUUAGAGAACAUGGACACGAGUUGUGAUGAUGGAUUAUUUUCUUAUGACUCCCUGGAAUCUCCAUGUUCAGAUGACCAGGAAAUCUGUGAGUCGGCGAAGAAAGCAGCAUGUAGCAAACCUCCAACUCCUCCCCUGCACCGUUUUCCUUCUUGGGAAAGCAGAAUUUAUGCUGUAGCCAAGUCAGGCAUUCGAAUGUCUGAGGCCUUCAACGUGGAGAAUGUUAAUAAAAAUUCUGUUGCAAUGCUUUCCUAUGCUACGUCAGGACUUUAUACAUCUCUGAUAUACAAGAAUAUGACAACUCCAGUGUAUACAACCUUGAAGGGGAAGGCAACCCAAAUAAGUAACAGCCCUUUCCUGGAUGAGUCCUCUGGGUCAGAGGAAGAGGAUAGCUCCAGAUCCAGCUCCCGGACAUCCGAGUCGGACACGCGCAGUAGGAGUGGGCCAGGCAGCCCCAGAGCCCUGAAACGAGGUGUGUCUCUGUCCUCUGUGGCUUCUGAGAGUGAUUACGCUAUUCCCCCUGAUGCUUACUCCACAGACUCGGAGUUCUCACAGCCAGAGCAGAAACUCCCUAAAACCCUUUCAUCUUCUAGUGAUAAUGGGAAAAAUGAACUACUGGAAAAAUCUGGCUAUUUAUUAAAAAUGAGUGGUAAAGUCAAGACGUGGAAGCGGAGGUGGUUUGUUCUUAAAGGCGGUGAAUUGCUCUACUACAAAUCUCCGAGUGAUGUAAUUAGAAAACCCCAGGGCCACAUUGAACUCAGUACGUCCUGCAGUAUUUUGAGAGGAGAUAACAAACAAACAGUUCAGUUGACCACUGAAAAACACACAUACUAUCUGACUGCAGAUUCUCCCAAUAUAUUGGAAGAAUGGAUUAAAGUGUUACAAAAUGUUCUUCGAGUACAAGCUGCCAACCCACUUUUUCUGCAGCCUGAGGGUAAACCAACCGUGAAGGGAUUGCUCACUAAGGUAAAACAUGGCUAUUCCAAGAGAGUCUGGUGUACACUUAUAGGAAAAACAUUAUAUUAUUUUCGUAGUCAAGAAGAAAAGUAUUUUCUUUCCUAUGAGCAGUAUUUAAAUGCCCACACUUGUACUUUUGAUCCAAUAGACAUCAUGUCCUUCACUACUCAUUCUACCACCUUCUCCAGCAAUUACCGGUCCCUGGGCUCAGUCCAGGCGCCUAACUACAGUGUCUGGCCUGCCAGCAACACAGCCAGCGUCUAUGCAGGCGCCAGGGGCUUGGGCUCCAGGAUCUCCAAGUUCCGCUCCAUCAGCUUCUGGGGCAGCUGGGAGUCCAGGGGCCUGGCCAUGGGGAUGGUCGGGGGCUCUCAAGGAGGAGCUCCUCUUCAUGAAGAAGAACCACGAGGAGGAAGUAAAAGUUCUACAAGCCCAGAUUGCAGCUCUGGGUUGACUGUGGAGGUAGAUGCUCCCAAAUCCCAGGACCUGAGCAAGGUCAUGGCAGACAUGCGGGCCCAGUAUGACAAGCUGGCUUGGAAGAACCAAGAAGAGCUGGCCAAGACCUGGUCCCAGAAGAUUGAGGAGAACACCUCAGUGGUCACCUCAGACACUUGGCUUUAUCAUCUGACUGUCGCCGCUGGAAGUAACAAUGUCAGUGUUGGAUCUGAAUUUGAACAACUUGUUUGCAAAUUGCUAAAUAUAGAAGGGGAACCUUCCUCUCAGAUAUGGAGACACCCUACUUUGUGUCACAGCAAAGAAGGAAUCAUUUCCCCUCUGACAACACUGCCUUCUGAAGCUCUGCAGACAGAAGCUAUUAAACUAUUUAAGACCUGCCAACUUUUUAUAAAUGCUGCAGUUGACUCCCCUGCGAUUGAUUACCACAUAUCUCUAGCCCAGAGUGCUUUGCAAAUCUGUCUGACACAUCCUGAGCUACAGAAUGAAAUUUGCUGUCAGCUUAUUAAACAGACAAGGCGAAGACAGCCACAAAGUCAACCAGGACCAUUGCAGGGCUGGCAGCUCUUGGCUCUCUGUGUCGGGCUCUUCCUUCCCCAUCAUCCUUUCCUGUGGCUUCUCAGGCUGCACCUAAAGAUGAACGCAGAUUCCAGGACAGAAUUUGGAAAAUAUGCCAUUUACUGCCAGCGAUGUGUGGAAAGAACACAACAGAAUGGAGACCGAGAAGCAAGACCCUCAAGAAUGGAAAUUCUUUCAACACUUCUUAGGAAUCCUUAUCAUCAUUCAUUGCCCUUCAGUAUACCGGUGCACUUCAUGAACGGGAUCUAUCAGGUAGUAGGGUUUGAUGCAUCCACCACAGUGGAAGAAUUUUUGAAUACUUUGAACCAGGACACAGGAAUGAGGAAGCCAGCCCAGUCUGGAUUUGCAUUGUUCACUGAUGAUCCUUCUGGCAGAGAUUUAGAGCAUUGUCUUCAAGGAAACAUCAAGAUUUGUGACAUUAUUUCUAAAUGGGAACAGGCUUCCAAAGAACAGCAGCCUGGCAAAUGUGAAGGUACAAGAACUGUUCGUCUGACUUACAAGAACAGACUGUAUUUCUCAAUGCAAGCUCGUGGAGAGACUGAUAGAGAAAAGCUGCUGUUAAUGUAUCAGACAAAUGAUCAAAUAGUAAAUGGACUUUUUCCUCUGAACAAGGAUCUGGCAUUAGAAAUGGCAGCUCUUUUAGCUCAGGUGGAGAUUGGAGAUUUCGAAAGACCUUUCUCAACUCCAGCCGGACAUGUUACCAAUCAGUGCAAAGCAAAUCAAACUCUAAAACAAGUCAUAGAGAAAUUUUAUCCUAAAAGGUAUAGAGAUGGCUGUUCUGAAGAACAGUUAAGGCAGCUUUGCCAGCGGCUGUCAACCAGAUGGAUGACCCUCCGAGGACACAGUGCUGCUGAUUGUGUACGAAUUUAUUUGACAGUAGCCAGGAAGUGGCCAUUCUUUGGUGCCAAGUUGUUUCUUGCAAAACCCAUAACUCCAUCACCACUUGGAAGUACUUUCAUAUGGCUGGCUAUAAAUGAGGAUGGCUUAAGCAUCUUAGAAUACAACUCCAUGAGGCUAAUAGUCAGCUAUGUGUACAGGAGUCUAAUGACCUUUGGAGGUUACCAAGAUGAUUUUAUGAUAGUCAUUAGCAAUACACACUCAAAGGACAAACCAACAGAGAAAUUACUUUUUGCCAUGGCAAAACCCAAGAUUCUUGAGAUCACUCUUUUGAUCGCCAGUUACAUAAACAACUUCCAUCAGCAAAAGGCAGCAUUUCACCACCUGUCUGCUCCAGCACUGCUUUCAGCCCGGCCUCAGGGAGCCCAAACCAGGGCAAUGGGAAGCCAGCCCCUUCUGUCAAACAGCAGACCAACCAAAGGCCCCACCCUGCUCUGAAAGCCUGAACAUUCACUCCUUGUCCUCUGCUCGAGAGCCGCAUCAGCUCCCAGCAAG